GGGACACACAACAAUGAAACACCGGGAGACACAGGGAUCCAGGCCGAACCGGCCCGAACACCGACACUUUUCUGGGUGGAGCUCUGCUCGGUCAUCCCUCCCGUGUCUGUGCCAUAUUACGCGGUUUCGCGGUUUGUCGUUAAGAGUAAUGUGUUUUAAGUGAUCAUUUCAUAGUAUUUAUAAUAUGGGAUGCUCUGUGAACGGGCUUAGUUUCUGGAGGUUCGCUUGCCGAGGAGGGAGGAGCUGUCCAGUCCAGUGCAGCGCGCUCUGCUCACUGCGCAGUCGAUCAUGAUCAUCGUGACAGCGGGUGUGGCAGCGACGCCGUCAUAUUAAUAUUAGCGCUAGAAGUACGUUGAUCGCAAUUAGGAGUAGGUAAGAAUUGUUUCGAAUUCAGACGUGCAGUCAGGAGUUGGUACGAAAAAUCUGGAUUUAUUCAGUGCCGCAGUUUCCGCCCUCUCGGUCGGUUCAGUCAGGGUCCAUUUCUGACAACGCGUUGGAGGACGCGAAUUGGAGCCCCCCCAUGGCAUGUUCUUCAGACCACGUGGGUAAAACACGGUGCACCGACAUGGACAGCAGCCUCGGAACGAGCGCGUCUGUCCGGGAGCUGAAAAAUGUUCAGCCCUCCUUCCAGGAGAAGAAACCGCGUUUCUGCGUCCUGGUUAUUUUUGAAUAUCGACCUGUAUCUGGCCGCAGAGCUGGGGAAGACUCUUCUAGAGAAAAACCGGGAGAUGGAGGACUCCCUGCAAGAGCUGUACCUCACUAAUGAGGAGCAGGUGCAGGAGAUUGAGUAUUUGUCCAAGCAGCUGGAGAUGCUGCGAGAAAUGAACGAACAGCAUGCCAAGGUGUAUGAGCAGCUGGAUGUGAGUGCACAUAAACUGGAGCUCACCAACCAGAAGCUGGUCCAGGAAAGCAAGGAGUCCCAGCAGAAAAUUGACAGGUUGACAGGAACCAUGGAAGCCUUGCAGAACCAGGUGGACUCUCUGACAGCAAGGGUGGAGGAGCUCCGCUCUCUGGAGCAGUUGAGGGCACGAGCUGAGGGGAGGGCCAUACACAGGACUGUCCACUCCAUCCCCUGCUUCCAGGAGCUGUGCGGGGUGGGCAGGUGUGAAGACGGCGCUGUAAGGAACCUGGAAGCGGAGCAGCAUUCUCUCGAGGAAGAGAACGAGGGCCUGCGUGACGUGGUUGCUGCGCUGCAAGCUGCCAUGUGCGCGGAGCGGGACCGGCGCGAGGGGGCGGAGCGUGAAUGCGCACACAUGCUGCAGCAGUCCGCUCACCUGGAGGAGCGCCUCCUGGUGGCAGACGGUUACCGGCAGCAUGUGCUGGAGUUGGAGGCAGAGCUGCGGGAGCUGCAACAGUUGGGGGGCGUACGUGGAGCUGAUAGGGCCAAUGGCGUUUCUGACACGCCCACUGUCUUGGCCUUGUCGGAGGGGCACGCGCGGGAGGAGGGAGCGGAGCCGAAGGGCAAAGGCGGCGGGACUGGGCUGGUGGGUCCUGACUCGGCUUCAGUGCACAAGAGUUGCAGUGACACGGCGCUGAACGCCAUUGCUGGCCGUGACGCACCGGGUCGCAAGUCAGCCGGCUAUGGUCCCCGGGCUAAUGGCAUGCCCGGCCAGGGCAUGUCCAUCCUGCGUGAGGUGGAUGAGCAGUACCAUGCCCUGUUGGAGCGCUACGAGGAGUUGCUGGGGAAGUGCCGGCGCCGUGAAGACUCUCUGCACCACGCGGGUGUGCAGACUUCCCGCCCAGUCUCCCGUGACUCGUCGACCCGCGAUUGCACGUCCCUCGUACCCCCUCCCAGUGCAGUGGCGACUCCUGCCUCGGGGGCUGCAGAAGGUGUGGACGCGCAAGCGGAGACGGAGGAGGGCGGCCGCGCGGGUCACCACACCCCCGAGUACAAGGCACUCUUCAAGGAGAUCUUCUCCCAUAUCCAGAAAAGCAAGGUGGACAGGAAGUCUUGCAAAGCCAGAAAAAGCAACAAAUGACAUCUCUUCUUCUCCUGCUCAGACACAGAACGAAACUUGCCGCCCAAUAAUUUCCGGACGCUUAAGAAAUUCUUCUGUAUUCAUUACUGACAAUCACAAUGGAAUGGUAAAUUAAUGACCAGCCUCCCACUAACUAAGAAGAAUAUAAGGACGUGAUACAAAAAUAAACAAAAGAUCUAUAGUAUAUAACACAAAAUGCCCCGCUGACUAGUUAUGCUGAUGACUUGCUGCUUAUUUAUCGCAAUAAUAAGUGCGCUGUAUGAACACAUGAAUGACUGACUGCAGAGGAACGUCUAGCGGAUCUUUACUGUUGCUUUCUUCGUUCGUAGUUUUAACAGGGUUAGGGUAGAAUAAGUGCAAACGUGAAAUGAAACAAAGUCCGUGAAUGCUUUGGUUUACACAUACGUGUGUGUAGAAGCAGUAGGGAAAAGCGAACAAUUUCGGGUGUAAAAUUGCAAUAAAUAUGUUAUGACU